UCCAUGUUGAAGAUUGGUGUCCAGAGUUGAUGAUGUGCUGUGAUAUUUACAACCAAAAAUGGCUUUAGAAAAUCGCAAUUCCGCUCUUUUCAAGCGUGCCGAACAACUGAGAAGAUGGCAGGAGUCGGACACGAACAGAGAAGACACAACGCUCAAGGAUAACAACCGGAGGAUCAUGUUUUCUGAUGCCUGUGUCUUCUUGGCUGCUUGUGCUGCUGGAGAGAAGGAUGAAGUAAAGCGACUCUUAGUCAAGGGAGUCGAUAUAGAUACGACUGAUGUGGAUGGCCUAACAGCCCUCCAUCAGGCGUGCAUCGGCGACAACCUGGACAUGGUUGAGUUCCUGGUGCAGCACGGCGCCGACGUUAACCGAGGCGACAACGAGGGCUGGACGCCGCUGCACGCCACCUCGUCAUGUGGCUUCCUCAGUAUAUCCAAAUAUCUGAUAGACCAGGGCGCCGACGUGGCCGCCGUCAACAACGACGGCGAGCUGCCGAUCGACAUCUGCGAGACGGACGAGGUCGGCGACAUGCUGCAGCGGGAGAUUGACCUGCGAGGUAUCGACUGCGACGCGUCCCGCACAGAGGAGGAGAACCUGCUGCUGUCGGACGCGCACCAGUGGCUUAGCGCCGGCCAAAUCAUGGAGCAGCCGCACCCGAAGACGGGCGCCACCGGCCUGCACGUGGCCGCCGCCAAGGGCUACAUCAAGGCCAUGCAUCUGCUGCUCAAAUGCGGCGCGGACAUCAAUGCGCAGGACUACGACGGCUGGACGCCGCUGCACGCCGCCGGCCACUGGGCGCAGCGCGAGGCGUGCGAGCUGCUCGCCGAGAGUCUCUGCAACAUGGACAUCAAAAACUUCGUGGGCCAGACGGCGUUCGACGUGGCGGACGCCGAGGUGCUGACGGUGCUGGAGCAGCUCAAGAGCAAGCAGGCUAUGCUGCAGCGGGAGCGGCCCGAGAUCGAGCAGAUCCUCACCCGCCGGCCGCUGCCGCCGCUACGGCACAGGACGUCUGUGACGCGCCUGUCGGGCCCGGACAAGGCGAACCAGGCGGCGCGCGACGCCAGUGAGGAGCGCGAGCGACUGCAGGGCGCGCGGAUAGAAGAGGACGAGCGCGCCCACCUGGCGGACGGAGACGCCGUCGAGCUGCGCAACAAGACGAACCAGCAGCGGCGGGCGGCGCCGGCCGGACAGCCGCCGCCGCCGGCGCCGGGCUUCACGCCGCGGCCGCCCGACGGCGCCGAGACGGACCAGGCGCAGGCGCAGUCGUGGCGACGCCCGGCCGCCGCCCAGCGGCUCUCGGCGCCCGACGACAGCCGAAACAACAAGAGGGAAGAACCGUCAUCGCGGCUAACGGAGCCGGCCGAGGUGCGGCGCACUCAGUCUGCGCCGGCCCCUCCGUCGCCGGCCGCGCUGCCCUCCGAGCAGACGGUGUCGGCCACCAUCAUCCAGUCGCCGCCCUCGUCGCCCGUCACGCCGGGCGCGCCGGCCGUGCGGAGCGGCGCCAGUUCUGACGUGGACGGGCCGAGACGGGAGCCGGCCGCUCCGGCUCUGGCUCCGGCUGGCGAGCCAGCCCCGGCCACAGCGCCGGCGCAGGGCAAGGUGCUGGUGGACCAGCAGCCGGCGCCGCCCGCCUCCACCGGCUCCCGGCUCAGUCCGGCCACCAUCUUCAAGAACAUCUUCAAGUCGUUCGUGCCGCCCGUGCGCGACGAGGAGAGCGAGACGCAGCGGAAGGCGCACGCCAAACGGGUGCGCGAGACGCGCCGCUCCACGCAGGGCGUCACGCUCGAGGAGCUCAAGUCGGCCGAGCAGUACGUCAAAAACCAGCAGCAGCAGCAGAAGACGACGACGACGCCGGCCAGCGCGCCGGCGCCGCCGCCGCCGCCGCCGUCGGCUCGGGAGGAGCCGGCCGGCCGCGACGAGCCGAUGGAGCGCCGGCCGUCGUGGCGGCUGCGGCUCGACGAAGGCGACAAGAACAAGUUCUCUUUGGAGGAGGUGCGCGGCGGCGGCGACGCCACGCGGGACAACGCCAACGCCACCGUCACGCUGCCGCUGCGGCGCAAGUCCAACAGCGCCGAUACAGCGCCCGGCCCGGGCGCCGCGCCGCUCGACGACAAGGACGAGGACAAGGAGAACGACAGUCGGACGGCGGUGGCCACGCAGGCGGCCAUCCAGCGGCGGCGCAAGCCCAAGCGACGCUCCACCGGCGUCGUCCAGUUCGACGUCGAGGAGAACGAGCGGAAGGGCGGCAGGGACGGUGACGGCUCGGACUCGGGGACACUGGUGGGCGGCUCUCGGCGCGGCGCGCUCGCGGUGUUCGGCAUGCCCCUCAACAGCGGACUGCGGCGUCUGAACGGCAGCUACGGCGGCGCGGUGGCCCUCUCGCAGAGCGCCGCCUCGUGCAUCAGCCCGCGGCUGGCCUACAGCAGCUCUCCCAGCUUCAGCGGCGCCGCUGGCAGCGGUGGCGGCGGCGGCAGUGGCGCAGCCGCGCACCUCUACCAGUCGGUCGCCGGCUACUCCGCGCCGCCCGCCCAUGGCGGCUACUCAUCGCCGUCGCGCGGUGGCUACUCCUCGCCGUCGCACGGCGGCUAUUCGUCGCCGUCGCACGGCGGUUAUUCGUCGCCGUCACACGGCGGCUACUCAUCCCCGUCGCACGGCGGCUAUUCGUCGCCGUCACACGGCGGCUACUCAUCCCCGUCACAUGGCGGCUCUUCUACGGGCCACCUGUCGCGGCCGCGAUCCAAGCUGAGCUACUCGGGCUCGCUGGGACGGUCGACGCCGCGGCCGCGCGCGCGCAGCGUGCACGGCGGAUCACCGACCACGGCCGGCCUGAACCUGAGCCCGGCGCUGGUGCCGCGCGCGCCGGCCGUCCGCGCCGGCCGCUCACCCAGCCUGAGCAGCAGCCUCGGCAGCCUCUCUGGCAGGUCGUAUAGCUCCGGCUACGGCAGCACCAGCGCGCUGAGCAACCAGUCGAACGCCAACGCCAGCGAGUGCAACAGUCGGACGCCGAGCCGCGCCAACAGCGUCGAGAACGGCGAGCUCGACUACAAGAAGCUGUACGAGGACGCGAUGGUGGAGAACGACAAGCUGCAGCAGCGACUGGCCGAGGCGCAGGCGGACUCGCGCGACGCCAAGCUAAACCUCGACAAAACGUUACAAAUGAGCAGCAGCCGGGUGGCAGCGGCCGAGUCGGACAAGCGCGAGAAGCGCGCGCUCGAGCGCAAACUCUCCGAGAUGGAGGAGGAGCUCAAGCACUUGCAAACUCUGAAAGCCGAGAACGAGAAAUUGAAGGCGGAGAACCGCGCCCUGACGCGUGUCGUCUCCAAGCUUACUAACGCGGCCGGCGGCGCGGCGCACAAAUAGAUGGGCCAUGGAGGAGCUGAAGGCCGAGAACCGGCGACUGCGGGACGAGAACGGCGCCCUCAUACGGGUCAUAUCCAAGCUGUCCAAGUGACCCGCCCCGCCGCCGGCCCGCGCCGCUGGUCUAGUCAACGC